AUGUUCCAGAUGCAGGAUGUUCCAGCCGUCGAUGUUCUAGCUGUUGAUGUUUCAGCUGGCGGUGUUCCAGCUGAUGAUGUUCCAACUGAUGCUCUUCCAGCUGCUGAUGUUACAGCCGGCGUUGUUCCAGCUGUAGAUGUUCCACCUACUGAUGUUCCAACUGCGGAUGUUCCAGACGAUGAUGUUCCAGCCGAUGAUGUUCCAGCUGAUGUUGUUCCAGCCGCUGAUGUUACAGCUGCUGAUGUUCCAGCCGCGGAUGUUCCAACCGAUGAUGUUCCAGCCUAUGAUGUUCCAGCUGACGACGUUCCAGCUGCUGAUGUUCCAGCUGGCGAUGUUCCAGCUGACGACGUUCCAGCUGCCGAUGCUCCAGCUGACGACGUUCCAGCUGCUGAUUUACGGAUCAGUAGUAUUACUGGCGUCGAUUUAACUUUGCCUCAGAUCUACAAGAUAUUGUUGAAGUUCUCGGCGUAA